UCUGGUCCAAACCGCGAAAAAGAAAAUAUUGAGGGGGGGAAAAAAAUGGAUACAAAUCGAUUUUGCGCGUGAACCAGGUUUUUUGAAUCUCCGCGUUCGAUUCGAUUGGACCGAGCCUCGCGUUGGCUGAUUAGCCGAGCGACUCCGUAACCGGCCGAGGAUUGCCGAGUCGUCCUGUCCUGCCCGGACUGCUGGAAGCGGCCGCAACGCCAUGUUGGCGAAGUCUCUCAUCUGUGCGAGGAAGAAAAUGAUGGAGAACAGACCUGUCGAGAAGAGAAGGUAGAUCGCCGACGGAGGCUCAAAACCGCGGCGACCAUUCCCCCGUGAGAGAAACGAACCGAGCCGGAUCCACGGAGGUUCCGGACGGACGAGGGAGGCGAAACCUCCCGUCGUCCCCAUGAGCAGCACCGCUGAUCCGAGCUGCGACUUUCCAUGAGAAAAGAGACGUUUGUGUUGCUAUUCGAGCUUCGCUGUCCCGCUUCGUUAAAGGGAUCCGCGGCCUGCUUCAAGAAACUGCUACGCUUGCUCCAUGCCUGCAAGCUAGCCGCUGUUCCUAUCAGUAUUUAUUGAGGUAUUGUUUUUAUUUGUUACAUUUUUUUUUGCAAUGAGUUUGCCACCGAAAGUGGUCCCCAAACAAGCCGCUGUCGCAGUGAGCGGACCUGGAAGUGGCCCCUCUCCGUCGAGCCAACUGCGGGCUGCCCUGACCUCCGUGUCUCUGCCGCCGGGAGCCCCACAAGCUCCGCAGCCCGGCGCCGUGCCGCCGCCUCAAAUCCCACGGGUUCAGCCGUCACUGGACGAUCGAAUCUUCCCCACACAGCCUGGAGUCGCUGCAGUCUACAGCGUACCCAGGCAUGCUGGCCCUCCUUACACUGCUCACGACAUCACAAAGGGACACCCUAAUUUGGCGGGCACCCCGCCCGGUCAUGCCCACUCCCCGGCGCUCUCUCAGGUAUCAAUACCCACAGCUUCCCCAUAUCGCUACCCUAAGGGCUGGGAGACAGGCGGAGGGUCUCCAUACAACCCCGGACAAAAUGCUGGCUCCGCCCCUCUAGUGUACUCUCCCCAGGCACAGCCAAUAAAUGCACAGCCACAGAGUCGCCCGUUUGCUACGGGCCCUCGACCGACCCACCAUCAGGUAAUAUACCCCACUGGAGGAUUCAGGCCCAUCCAGUUUUUCCAGAGGACUCAGAUGCAGACUGCGAGGCCCACCAUCCCGACAAACACACCCUCCAUACGGCCUGGCUCACAGACUCCUACAGCUGUCUACCCCACUAAUCAACCAAUCAUGAUGACCAUGGCGCCCAUGCCUUUCCCUUCCCCGCAGGCUGCACAGUACUACAUCCCACAGUAUCGCCACAAUACGCCCUACGUGGGACCUCCUCAGCAGUAUUCUGUUCAGCCCCCAGGGUCUGGCACCUUCUAUACUGGUCCUGGGCCAGGGGAGUACCCUGCCCCAUAUCAUCCCCUCAGGUACCACCCACCUGUCUCGCCCUCUGUCCCUGCUCCCGUUCCCACAGCUGGCCCACCUUACUACCCAGGACAGACUGUGUACCCCCCAUCACCCCCCAUCAUAGUGCCUACACCACAGCAACCUCCACCAGCCAAGCGUGAGAAGAAAACAUCCUCCCAGAUCCGUAUCCGGGACCCCAAUCAGGGUGGCAGGGACAUCACAGAGGAGAUCAUGGCAGGAGGUUCAGGGAGCAGGAAUUCAACACCUCCUGUAGGCCCCCCCUCCUCUACCCCCACCCCACCACAGCAGCAGCUGAACAGCAGCCAGACUCCAGAGCAGCAGCAGCCUCAGACUCCUCAACCACAGCAGGCCCCCCCUGGAGGCUACACCUUGGAGUCCCAGCAGCCACAGCAACCCCCACAGCAACCCCCACAGCAGCCCCCACAGCAGCCCCCACAGCAGCUCCAGCAACCCCAACAGCCCCAGCAACCCCAGCAACCCCAGCAACCCCAACAGCCACAGCAACCCCAACAGCCACAGCAACCCCAGCAGCCCCAGCAACCCCAGCAGCCCCAGCAACCACAACAGCCACAGCAGCAGCCGUUGACAGCAGGGGCCUCUGACACCAAACCAGGGCCAGAAGAUGCGCCAAAACUGCAGCCAGUUGUCCAGAAGUCUUCCUCACCUGGGCUUGUGCAGCCUGAAGCCCCAGUGGAGAGACUGGAGGCCAACACACCUGUAACUGAGCCCACACCUCCUGCAAGUGAACCAGAGCUUCCCUUCCCCGCCUCGCUCAGCGCCCCUGUCAAUCUCCCACUUACAGCGGCCAACUCAAGUGAACGUCCCUCAGUCAGGGAGUCAGCCUCUUCUCACUUGUCUUCAGUUGGGGAGCAGAAACCCUCCGUGGCGCCAUCUCAGCCUCCCAACACAGACAAGCCUCUCUUAGACGCCCCAAGAACUCUGGCUACCUUGUCUGUAGCAGCCCCCAAGGCUUUGAACGGCCUUGCAGAGCCCGGGACUGAGCUGGAGACGGUGGCCCAUGAGCCUUCUCUUAUGCCCCCUGCUGCACUCCAGCCCCAGGCCUCUAGUCCUGCUUACAGAGAAGCCUCCUCUGAAACUUUGCCUUCUGACAUGAGGCCAGAGGUUCCCAUUGUUGCUGCGCUUGCCCCUAUGGCUCCUGUGGCUGUGGUGCCAGUUACCCUGAGCUCAAGCCCUGCCCCAGCUUUGCCCAUCAUGCUCCCCCCUGGCCUUCCGCCUCUGGUGCAGGCCACAACAGAGGCCGAGGAGCCGAGCAAAUCCAUAGACACUAAAGAUCUUGUACCCAGAGCAGGGACCGAGGUCCAUGGUGGCAUUGCUGACAGCAAGACAGAGUCCCAGCAUCAAGCACUCAUCAGGAAUAGUCCCACAACAGUAAAUCAGACGGCUUCUGCGAUACCAAAGACCUGGAGGAAACCAAAUGAAGGGAUGUCUGCUGGAGACGAACCUCAAAAGGAGGAUGAGGACAAGCCAAUGUCAGUGGAUCAACCUGCUGGAGACCAGGCCCUGCAGGCAGCUCCAUUGAGCCACAGCCCUGUGCCCCUUGCAUCAGUCUUCACAGCCGCCCCUGCUCUGGCACCUGCCAGGAGCCCAGAGGCUGACAGAAAGCUCGCCGCCCCAGAAGAGAACGGUGAGUCUGAGCUGGAGCCCAUGAGGAACGGAGCCGGCCACACCUCAGAGACAGAGAGCAGCGACAGUGGAGCCACCCCUGGGGACAAGGAGAACUCCACAGGAGCGCCACAGGAUAUAGACGACCUGACCGAUCCCAGUGGGAAGCGUCAGUAUGGGAGGGACUUCCUGUUGCGCUUCCAGUUCAAGCCUGCCUGCAUACAGAAGCCUGAGGGACUCCCACCAAUCAGUGACGUGGUGCUAGACAAGAUGAACCAAAACAAGUUGCCAUCUCGAGUCGUGGACUCUCGGGUCAUUUCCAGAGGACCUGAUUUCACACCUGCCUUUGCAGAUUUUGGCAGACAGAUGAUGGGAGGACGGGGCGCUGCACUUAUAAACAUUGGGGCGCGGCGACCACCGCCCAGGAAGAUCAUCAUGAGCCUGUCUGUGCACGACGAUGUGCAGCUGAAGAAAUCAGAGAAUGCCUGGAAACCAGGCAUGAAGAGGGAAAGCCUCCCAGAGGAACCAGAGUCGCAGAGAACACAGGACCUGUUCAGGAAGGUCCGUAGCAUCCUGAACAAGCUGACGCCUCAGAAGUUCAACCAGCUGAUGAAGCAGGUGACGGACCUGACCAUCGACACGGAGGAGAGGCUCAAAGGAGUCAUUGACCUGGUGUUUGAAAAAGCCAUCGACGAGCCCAGCUUCUCAGUGGCCUACGGGAACAUGUGCCGCUGCCUCGCCACGCUCAAAGUGCCCACAACAGACAAACCCAACAACACAGUGAACUUUCGCAAGCUGCUGCUAAACCGCUGUCAGAAGGAGUUUGAGAAAGACAAGGUGGACGAUGUGGUGUUUGAGAGGAAGCAGAAGGAGCUGGACUCUGCUGCGUCGACGGAGCGUGACCGUCUUCAGGAAGAGCUGCAGGAAGCCAAGGACAUUGCCCGGCGGCGUUCCAUCGGCAACAUCAAGUUCAUCGGCGAACUCUUCAAGCUCAAGAUGUUAACGGAGGCCAUCAUGCAUGACUGCGUGGUCAAGCUGCUGAAGAACCACGACCAAGAGUCUUUAGAGUGUCUGUGCAGACUGCUCACCACCAUCGGCAAGGACCUUGACUUUGAGAAGGCCAAGCCUCGAAUGGAUCAGUAUUUUAACCAGAUGGAAAAAAUCGUCAAAGAGAGGAAGACGUCGUCUCGGAUACGGUUCAUGUUACAGGAUGUAAUCGACCUGAGAUUGCACAACUGGGUGUCUAGAAGAGCCGACCAGGGUCCAAAAACCAUCGAGCAGAUCCACAAGGAGGCUAAGAUUGAAGAGCAGGAGGAGCAGAGAAAAGUGCACCAGCAACUGCUCUCCAAGGACAGCAAGAGACGGCCAGAUCCAAGAGAGCAGAGAGAGCAGAGAGAUCAGCGCGUCCAGAGAGAGGAGACCUGGAACACUGUGCCGAUGACGAAGAACAGCAGAACCAUCGACCCCAACAAGAUCCCAAAGAUCUCCAAGCCUCAAAUGGAUGAGAAGAUCCAGUUGGGCCCACGGGCUCAAGUCACAUGGGUGAAGGGCAGCAGUGGAGGAGCCAAGGCCAGUGACUCAGAACUGUCACGUACGGCGGGAAUCAACCGUUUCUCAGCGCUGCAGUCCACCCCCUCACCUCAACCCUCCUCCACCCCCACACAGAACCCAGACUUUGACUCCAGGAGAACUCUGGGAAGUCGUAGCAGUACAGGCAGAGAGCGCAGCGAGAAGCCACUGAUCUCCGCGCCGCCAUCAUCGCGCCCUGGUCCUUUCAUCAGGGGAAGCAGUUCAAAGGAGCUGCUGGAGAGUCAAAGCCCGGAGGAGCCGCGAAGAGACAGGGAGCGAGAGGGAGCCGAGCCCCGGAGGCCGAGUGUCACCGAGGACAAACCUGAGCCAGAGCGCAGCAGAGUCCGAGAGCCCGUGAAACCUGAGCCCGUUGUCCAGACGAUAGACAAACCUGCUCGGUCUGAGGAGGAGAUCGAGAGGAAGUCCAAGUCCAUCAUCGACGAGUUCCUGCACAUUAACGAUUACAAGGAGGCUGUCCAGUGUGUGGAAGAACUUGAUCUGUGCUCUCAGCUGCACAUCUUCAUACGGGUCGGGGUGGAGUCGACUCUGGAACGCAGUCAGAUCACACGGGACCACAUGGGCCAGCUCCUCUUCCAGCUGGUGCAGAAGGGAACCAUGCCCAAACCCCAGUUCUACAAAGGGUUUGCAGACACGCUGGAGCAAGCGGAUGACAUGGCCAUCGACAUUCCCCACAUCUGGCUGUACCUGGCCGAGCUGCUCAGCCCUGUGCUGAAGGAGGGGGGCUUCUCUAUGAGAGAGCUCUUUAGUGAAUUAAGCAAACCUUUGCUUCCUGUGGGAAGAGCUGGGAUCUUAAUUUCUGAAAUACUGCACAUACUAUGCAAACAAAUGAGCCAUCGUACUGUGGCUUCUUUGUGGAGGGAAUCUGGCCUCAACUGGACUGACCUUCUGCCGGAGGAAGAGGACGUCCAGGCCUUCAUCUCACAACAGAAACUCCAGUUUGUUCAGUCGGACGCCUCCAGCUCAGAGGUGACUCUGUCCAAUAGAGUCUUGUCUCCGGAGGAGCUGAGACAACAGCUGGAGAGACUCCUGCUGGAGGACAUGGCCAGUGACGAGCAGAUCUUCGACUGGGUGGAGGCGAACCUGGAUGAUUCUCAGAUGAGCUCGUCUCCCUUCCUGAGGGCGUUGAUGACAGCUGUGUGUAAGGCAGCAGUGAAAGAUGAUAACACCAUCUGUCGAGUGGACACGGCCAUCAUUCAGAGGAGAUUGCCUGUAUUACUCAAGUACCUUAACUCAGACACUGAGCGACAGCUGCAAGCACUUUAUGCACUUCAGGCGCUGAUCGUCACCCUCGAUCAGCCUCCAAACCUUCUCCGGAUGUUCUUCGACUGUCUGUAUGACGAGGACGUCAUCUCAGAGGACGCUUUCUACAAGUGGGAGACGAGCAAAGACCCGGCUGAGCAGCUUGGUAAGGGCGUGGCCCUUAAGUCCGUCACAGCCUUCUUCACCUGGCUGCGGGAGGCGGAGGAGGAGUCGGAAGAUAAUUGACGAGGGGAGACCCCUGGGGGACAUGACGUAGUAGAACUACAUCCUUACAGCAGAACAAACGUUCAAAAUGGGUGCGUGAGCAGGACGACAUGUUUACGGCUGGAAUUUUUUUCUGCGGUACGGUUCUGAAACAUGCCGCCAUUUUGAGUUUGGAUUCCAACGGCAGAAGCACUAAAUACCUGUAUUAUACAUAGAAAAUAUUUUUGUUUUAAAUUUUAACUUACUUUUCUUUUGUUACUUUAUAAGAAGAGACUUAAAAGAUACAUAGGUUCCGGACUCUUUAAUUUAUUAUUUUUUUAAGGACUGCAAAUAUGAAAGUUAUUUAACAUUUGCAGAUGCUCACGACAACAGAACAGAAAUAACAAUAUAAUUAAUUAUAAUAACAAAAUAAUAAUUGUGAAAUGAAUAGCCUCCCUGGACUCCACACUGUUUGGUUUAAAACAGGGUAAAACAAAGUUAUUUUGGGAUGAAGGGGAAGCAGAGAUGAAAAACAAGUGGAUGCACAGGAACUGUCAACGUUGUCCGUGUGUGACGGUUGGGGUCAAAGGUUAUCCUCCUGACAACCACAGAGCCUCUGCGGUUAUCUGCGUUGAUAUGUACAUACACCUCAUGAGAGGUAGAGGUAUGCAUUCAUGAAGCGAUGCAGGUCAGUCCACAGAACUGUCGAAAAACAAAUGCAGACGAACAAACCAGAUACAUUCAAACGAAAAGAGCAAAAAUGCAACUUUAAAAAGCAAAUGGCCAGGUUCGCUGAACAAGAAACAAGACAUGCUUGUAAUACUCCAGACCUACAGAGCAGGUUCAACGCUUGUAAAUACAUUAAAGACAAAAAAAGGUAUUUAAAAAUGCUCCUUCUCAUGAUUUGUUCUUUCCAUGGUUGGUGUUCAUAGGGGAUACAACUCCGUGUGUGUGUGUGUCUGUGUGUGUGUGAUAAACUGAGACGGUGUUUCUUGUGUUGGAAGUUGCUGUAGCAUCGUCAGAAGAGCUGUGUGAUGUGACCAGAAGAAGCAGCUGAGAGAUGAGCUGGCGUCGCCUCAGGAUUCACGACACACGCUCCGCUCGUUUGGUCUGUUGAGUCGUCGAAGCUCCAACGAACCAACAGCACUGUGUCGUUGAAAGUGUCUCAGCAGCUUGUCUCCUCAUCUCUUUCUCAUUUGUACCAUAUUUUUUUUCAUGUGUGUACCUAGAAUGUUUGUUUAUGCAGCCAUGACGUGUUUGAAUAUUGUCCGGAAUAAUGUGGUCACAUGACCGCCAGAUCAACCACAACACACCCACUGUGAACAUUGAUACCAGAGAGGUUUUGGUCAACUGAUGAGUCAAUUCAUUGACUGGAAUUUGUUUCCAAGCAAAAAUGUUGCUCUGUUAAAUAUUCCUGUAUCUUGUGAAACAGGCAUUUCAGAGAACUGAGCUGAAGAUUAGACCCAAAACCCUGAAAUAUUCACUUCACAAUGAAAUAUGACAGAAAAGCGGCAAGAUGUUGAUUAUGCAAAUAUUGUACAAAUGUUUUUUUUAUUAUCACUGUUGCUUAUUCUCAAUGAAGGUUAAACGCUCAUUUUUCAGGAUGAGCUCUCUGUUCAUGGUGUGUAUUCUUAAGGGGUUUGGGUUUUUUAAUCUUUCCACAAAGCUGAAACAAGUUACUGAUGUUUACGUUUACGAAACGGUUGUCUACCACUGCUGAUCAGAAAAAGUUGUUUUGUUGUGUUAUCAUUAGACAGUUAAACAGAUGUUUGUUCCACUUUA